AUGUCGGCCGAAACGGGUGCUGAGGCUCCGAACCUCAAUCUGGGCCCGGAAGAGAAGCGGGUAUACGGCCAACUAUUCCGCCAGGCCGACACCGAUAAUGUCGGGGUCGUUACUGGCGAGAUCGCCGUCAAGUUCUUUGAGAAGACGAGGCUAGAUUCACGGGUACUUGGAGAGAUCUGGCAAUUGGCAGACCGAGAGAAUCGCGGAUUCUUGACGCCUGCAGGCUUCAGUAUCGUUCUUCGCCUCAUCGGCCAUGCGCAGGCUGGUCGCGAACCUACUCCUGAGCUUGCCCUCCAGCAGGGCCCCAUCCCCCGUUUCGAUGGCUUCACUCCAACGCCCGCCGCUGCACCCCCCACGCCACAGCCGCUCCAGGCACAAGGCACUGGCGGAGUACCGGUACGAAUUCCUCCGCUCACGCCGGAGAAGGUAUCGCAAUAUGCCGGGCUAUUCGAGAGACAAAACUUGCAAGUAGGAAACAUGUUGCCAGGCGACCAGGCGAGAAUCAUCUUUGAGAAAUCGGGCUUGCCCAAUGAGACACUGGGUAGAAUAUGGCAAUUGGCAGACACUGAGCAAAGGGGCGCGCUCGUGAUGACCGAAUUUGUCAUCGCCAUGCAUCUGCUCACCUCGCUGAAAACGGGGCAGCUCAGGGGCCUGCCCAACGUUCUCCCGGCGGGUUUAUACGAAGCAGCGACCAGACGAGGCUCCAUGUCGAGGCAAAGCCCAGCAACGACAGGACCACCAUUGUCUGCCAUUCCUCGUCAGUUGAGUGGCCAGGCGCCGUUACGGCAAGCCAGCCCUCUUGGACGCGCGCCCCUCUCUGCUCAGGCUACAGGACUUCAACCGCAGACUACCGGAUCAGAUUGGGCCAUCGCACCAGCAGACAAGGCGCGCUUCGACCAAUUUUACAACGACUUGGACAAGACGAACAAGGGUUUCAUCACUGGAGAAGAGGCAGUUCCCUUUCUGAGCCAGUCGGGUCUAUCUGAGGAUGCUCUGGCUCAGGUAUGGGACUUGGCCGAUAUCAACUCUCAGGGACAUUUAACUAGAGACACAUUUGCCGUGGCCAUGUACCUCAUCAGACAACAACGAACGAGACGUGACGGUUCCACAGCUCUGCCAACCUCCCUCCCACCAAACUUGAUUCCUCCAUCUCUCCGAGUUCAGUCGCGCCCCGCGACCGCAGUCGCCGCUUCGCCUUUUGAUGCUCCUGCACCCGAGCCCCCGAGGCCCCUGCCACCGCCGGCUCCCAAGUCAGCUCUCGAUGACUUAUUUGGUCUCGAUGCCCCUGCUGCGCCUGCAUUGGCUCCAAUGGCUACUGGAGGUUCCGCCGCAAAGGAUCCUUUUGCCAAUGCUUCACCUAUGCAACCAGGCUCACCUGUUCGCGCCUCGCCAACUACUAACACGUUCAAACCCUUUAUUCCAUCAUCUUCCUUUGGAAGAACUCUCCAGACCCAUGACACGGGUGGUUCUGCUGGCUCGAAGCCAACAUCGGCAGUGGACGACUUGCUUGGCGAUAAUGACCCCGAAAUCAGCAGCAAACUGACAAAUGAGACGACAGAACUUGCCAACCUGUCAAAUCAAAUCAGCUCUUUAUCUAAUGAGAUGCAGCAGGUCCAAGGUCAGCGUGCUACAACGCAGAAAGAGGUUAGCCAGACCAGCCAACAAAAGAAGAACUUUGAGGACCGCCUGGCGCAGCUCAGGGCACUAUACGAAAAGGAGGCCAAAGAAGUUGCAGAACUCAAGGAUCAGCUGCAGAAGUCCCGGGAUGAGACGAGGAAGUUGAUGACAGAGAUGGCUACAAUCGACGGCAACUAUCGUGAUAUUCAAACUCAGCACCAGCAGCUCUCGGCUGCCCUGCAGGCUGAUCAGCAGGAGAACCAAAGCCUGAAGCAAAAGAUCGCUGCUGUCAAUGCCGAGGUUGCCCAGCUGAAACCUCAAAUCGAAAAACUAAAAUCUGAUGCUCGCCAGCAGAAAGGUCUUGUUGCCAUCAACAAGAAGCAGCUCUCUACGGUUGAGGGUGAACGUGAUAAGCUCAAGACUGAAGCCGAGGAUCUUACCAGGAGCACCGAGGAACUCAGUCGCCAGAUCAACACAAGCUCACCACCGCCAACUGCGCCCGCUCAAGUGGCAAGCCCUGCUCUAUCUACUGCUAGUGGUAACAACCCCUUCUUCAAGCGAAGCGGCAGCACCGAUAUGAUGGGAGCAUUUGCCACAUCCCCGGCAAAGUCUUACAAUGACAAGUCGUUUGACGACAUCUUUGGCGGCUUCGCGGGCGGCGCCUCUUCCAGCACGCCGCCACCGCCGACGUCCUUUAAGCAACAAAACACCGGUGCCUCAACCGCAAGCGUAGGAUCUUUUGCCACCCCUGCCGCGUCCACUCCCACAAAUGUCAGUCGAGCUGCGCAUCUUGCUUUUGGCGACCCACCACCUCCCCCUGCUUCGAGACAAAUCAGCUCCAGUUAUCUGCCCUUUGGAAACAUAAGCGAAUCUCUAACCUCUUCACGACAGGCAUCCCCACCUAUGAGCCGUGCUGGCGACAAUGGCACACCCGUGACUGGAUCCCUGGCGCCCGCCCCCCUUGAGGCCACUGCUACCGGCAACAGCGCCAUCUCUAGCCACGAUGCUGUCAAGGCUGCCGCUCCAGCUGAAAGCGAAGUCCCGGAUUCCACGACGAGCAACGGAACUAUUCCUGGUGCAUUCCCCGAGGAUACGCCGCGGGCAGAAGCUGGCGGCGCAACGCCCUCAUUCGCCGGUAACCGUGACAGUGAAAUCUUUGAAGGCUUGAAGAAGGAUCCUCUUAAUGCAAAGGAUGACUUUGAUUCGGCUUUUGCUAGCUUUGGCUCGCCCAACAAGGCUCAGGAAAAGUCAAAGGAUACAGGCAACGCGUUUGGUGCCUUUGACAGCGAGUUCCCUCCUAUUUCAGAGCUUGAACGGGAUGAUGACUCGGACUCUGCGAGUGAAGGCAAUGGAUUCGACGACGACUUUGCACCGUCUUCGCCGCCCAGCAAAUCAGCAGAGGGCAAGGAGACUCCCAAAGCCCCCUCGUCACCCGUUGCAACGAGCAAGUCUGCUGCUGUGCCCAAUGUCCCGGCAGCCGAGGGUGCCAGUACUGCUAACCAGGCAUCAAAUGACUUCUCGUCGGCGUUUCCAAUGCCACCUGCUACAUCCCAGGCCGACGAUCCUUUCCAGCCCGCAGCUGAUUUCGCACCCGCUCCUGGCACCGUGACCAACACUGCACCAGUGGCCAAGAAUGCAUUUGACGAUCUUGACGACGAAUUUGACGGUCUUGAAGACGCAAAGGAGGGCUCAGCUGAUGAUGAGUUUGCCAACAUUUCUCGUUCCAACCUCGAUGACUUCAACCCAGUCUUUGACAGCAGCCCUCCGCCAUCUCAGCCCAAGAACGAGUCCACCAAUGUCUCUUCAGCAUUCGGAAUGGACAGCAGCUAUGACUUUGGCAGUGUCUCUAAUCCUUCUGGUGCCCCAUCUCAAGCAGCAGCUGGUGCUUCCACUGCUGCAAACACCAACGGCACUGGCGCCCAGGCAGCUGGCAACCAUGACUGGGACUCUAUCUUUGCCGAUUUAGACAAACCUGGCACGGAAGCGGCUACUACCGAGGAUGAUGCCCCCAAGAGCCCAGAGUCCAGCCGACCGACUUUGCAAAACUCUGGCAGGGCAUUGACUCAGGAGGGUGUCCACGACGAUCCCAUUCUGAAGAACCUGACAGGCAUGGGAUACUCUCGGACUGAUGCAGUGAAUGCUCUCGAGAAGUAUGAUUACAACCUCGAACGUGCUGCAAACUAUCUUGCGAGCCAAUCGUGA